AGACUUGUGACCAUUCUGCUCUGCAUCGUUUUGUGUUGUGAAAUCGUUGAAUUUAGUGUUGAACUCCUGAAGUUUUUUUACAUUUGUUUUUUGUGGUCUUGUACUUUACAAUGUCCUGUAGAGUACCUCAUAUAGAUACAAUUCCAAAAAAGGAUAAUAGCUCAGAUUAUUUGAAAAAAGCGCAUCACUUCUAUGAGCAGUCAAACUUCCCAAAAGCCUAUAAAUAUUUUGUGCAAUACUUCGAAAGUCUUAACAGCAUUUCGGAUGUUUCCCCUGAGGAUCAGGGGAUAUUUACAGGAGUUGUAACUAAAAUUGCCACAGUGCUUGAAGAAACUGAUGAUGUCGAAGAACUUCUCAAGUGUUACUUACAAACAAUUAAUUUAUUUCCUGACAAUUAUUUCAUCUUAAACAGUCUUGGUGCUUAUAUGUUCAAGUAAGUAGAGCAAAGAUUACUCAAGCUUAGGCAUAAUUACCAAUGAAGGUUCUUUGUAGAUUAGGAGAAAAUGAUAUUGCAAAGAAAUAUCUAGAACUUGCACUGGAAUCACAUCCAUAUUUUUUGCCUGUAAAAAGGAAUUUAUUGCAUUUGAGUUGGAAUGAAAUGCCAAGGUGGCAUUUCAGAAUGAUGAAUGAUAGGCUGAGAAAUCAGGCAUAUGAUAAGGCAAUUACGUCACUUAUUAGUAAAGGGUACAAAAAUGCUAUUGACAUAGGGGCUGGAUGUGGUUUACUAAGUUUGAUAGCAUCUAAGAAUCCUGAAGCCUCAGUUGUAGCGAUAGAAGAAAGUAAAACUCUUGCCAGAAUGUGUAAAGAUGUAUUGAUAGAGAAUAAUGUUAAAAAUGUUGUAAUAAUGAACUGUUAUUCCACAGAUAUCAAAGAACCAUUGGGUAAAUGUAACCUGAUAGUGACAGAAACAUUUGACGUUGCUCUCUUUGGAGAAAGAGUCCUAGAAAGUAUUCAUCAUGCACUUAGUACCUUGAAAACGGAAGACGAUUUCAAAGUAGUGCCUGCUAGAGCCAAAGUGUACAUAACAGGUAUUAAUCUGCCGUUUAUUUUAUAUUAAAAUACUCACACUUUCUAAAACUUGAUAUCUAAAUCAGGAUGGAGGGGGCAGUUGCCCCCUCUCUAGAGAAAAACUGCAUUCCCUUCGGUUUUUUUAUGCGGC